GCGGUUAUCUGAAUGAGGCCGUUCAAGGAAUCACUGGCUUGCGUCGUGACCCCGGUGAGGAAGUCCGUUCGGCGCAAUAUGAAGGAAAAGUAACCCCCAACAUCAGCACGUGGGAUGAAAGAGUCUCGUCUCGCAUGCAGUGGAUUCCGGUCUGGAACGAUUACAAGCUGAGCCAGUUGUCACCGGAUGGGUUCACCCUCAAGAAGAGAACCAAGCCUGGCCAGGCCUGGAUCAACAUCCCGGGCGGCACGCGAUCUUCCGGACUUGCUUAUCUUGGUGGUGCCACGCAAGGUGGACUUGCGAUUGGCCUGCGUGAUUUCUGGAAGAGGUAUCCUGCAGGCUUGGAUAUCACGAAUGCUGGUGCUAACAAGGGUCAGAUCACUUUGUGGCUCUAUAGCCCCGAAGCAGCACCAUUAGAUCUGAGACCAUUCCAUGAUGGACUGGGACAGGAUACCUAUGAAAAGCAAACCGAUGCGCUCGAAAUCACUUACGAAGACUAUGAGCCCGGAUUCAACACACCUUAUGGGAUUGCCCGAACCAGUGAAAUAUUCCUGCACGCAUUUGACGCCACUCCAGAGAGCGACAACUUGGCGCUUUUAGGCCACUAUAUCAAUGAGCCUCCAGUUCUAGUACCGAAGCCUGAGUAUAUCAAGGAAACCAAGGCAGCUGGGUCCUACUGGGCACUGCCAGACACAUCAAAUGACAAGGCUUCGACGAUCGAAAACCACUUAGAUUUCCUUGCGAAGUUCUACCAGGGCCAGAUUGAGGACCGUCGUUGGUAUGGCUUCUUAGACUAUGGUGAUAUCAUGCACACCUACGAUGAAGACAGGCAUACUUGGCGCUAUGACGUUGGCGGAUAUGCCUGGGACAACUCAGAGCUAUCCCCUGACUUGUUCUUCUGGCAGUACUUCCUGCGGACUGGUCGAGCAGAUAUUUACCGUUUUGCGGAGGCAUUGACUCGCCAUACUGGUGAGGUAGAUGUGUAUCACAUCGGCGACUGGAAAGGUCUCGGCACUAGACAUGGCGUUCAGCACUUCGCCGAUAGCGCCAAGCAAGUGCGUAUCGCCCAGCCUCAGUACAGGAAGUACUUUUAUUACUUGUCUGGUGGCGAUGAGCGAGUGGGUGAGCUGUUGGAAGAAGCAAUCGACGCCGACAAGACGUACGGAAUAUUGGACCCGCAGAGGAAGGUUAGGACGGAUGGUUGGACACCAGAGCCAGGCAAGCCUGUCGCCUUCUCUCUCGGGACAGAUUGGGCUGGUCUCGCUGCUGGCUGGCUGAUCGAAUGGGAGCGACGCGGGCCUCGCUGGCAAGAGGCCAAGAAAAAGCUGACGGGCACGGCGAAAGGAAUCGCCAGUUUCAAGAACGGCUUCGUCACGGGAGAGGGCCUGUACGCCAUCAGCAACGGCACACUACUCCCACCCCCGACCGAUCCGAACAAUGAGGGUGUUGUGUCCAUUUCCCACUUGAACGCUGUGUUCGGUAUGCCGGAGGUUGUUUCGGAGUUGCUCGAGUAUUGGGGCGAUGAGGCACCGGAAGGUCUGGAGAGUGCCUGGCUUGAUUACUGCUACUACUAUGGCGCAACGAAGGCGGAGCAGCAGGCGCGCUAUGGCGAAUCGUUCAGCGGUAUCAGUCUGAUCCAGGGCCACUCGCGUUUGACGGCGUACUAUGCGAAGCACAGCAACAAUGUGACUGUGGCUGAGCGAGUUUGGAAGGAGUUCUACAACAAUACGGAUGGUUUUACUGCUGAUGAGCCCUGGGUUUCAGAGCGUGUCAAUGGAAGCGCUGUGCUCAUUCCAGUGGAUGAAGCUACAUGGAUAUCGACAAACGCUGUCGCCCAGUAUGGGUUGGCUGCUAUCCAGGACCUGGCACUCGUUGGAGACGCCGUGACACAAUCCCCUUAUGGCGCUUAGUAGAUUGAGAUAUUGCCUCAUAUAGAAGUACCUUUUAUUCUCUCAUGUGCC